AAUCGCAUUUAACAUAUGAAUUUUGUUCUAGUCCACCACUGACCCCAAGCAAGAUAAAGCAGUGUGUUCAAAACAUAUGGGAAAACGAAAAGUUACUCUUUAGUGAGCAUUUGGCGAUGGUUCUCCCUGGUGAGUCUUACACAUAUAACUUGCAGAAGGUUGAGAAAAUAUACGAUAGUCAAGCUAUACUGUUAAGAGUAUCCACCAAUAACAGUGAGGAAAAUUUGCCUAGUACGUCGUCAGAGAAGAAAAAAGGUCACUCCACGACUUUAGUCCAGCUGGCAAUAAAGAAGCUAAUUUUAUCAAAAGAAUGUUUGGACGGAAAGCUAGAGUUGGGAAUACCGUGGAACCCACUAGCUAUGUCAACAAUAGAAAUGGAGAACUGCCGGAAAAACCUGCACAGGCUUUCAUCAUGGAGCAAAGACAAAGAAGAACAGGCUGGACAACUCGACAGACACAAAACCUUAUCAUAUUCAAGGGAAAAGUUUCAAAAAAGCGGCAUUCACGGUUAGGACGUUAAGUUUUUGAAAGUAAGACAAUGCAGAAAAUCCAGUGCCUGUUCUGUUUACUCACUGGUUGGUCGAAAGCGCCAAACUAAAUCAUUUGCUUUUUGCGGUUUAUUCUUUCGGUUUUUUUCUUGCUUCUUAAUUCAGCAAUUCAAGCUAGACAUAUCUUAGCGUCUACGGUUUAACGGGUUUCAGUGUAAUGGCAAAAAUCAAUCCCAAUGAAAACAUAUUUUUAGCCAGAAACAUCAUCGUCCCUUAAAGUAGCUUCGAUCCAGAGGCCCGUUUCUCGAAGGUCCCAAAAAUUUUUCGCACCCGGAA